GCCAAAUUUGCCAAUCUUAUAUGAGCUGUGACACACACUACACACACUACACACACUACUGCUGUGUGAGAGGGAAAAAAUGGAGAAUAAAUGCGCGUGAGGAAAACCGAAUAUUUCUACACACUCUCGACUGUGAAAAAGCUCCUUCCUUUGAGCUGCAGGAAUAAAAUGGAGAAGGCCCUUGUAAAAGUUGGGAGUCUAAAAGCAGGCACGUUUUGGGUCUCCAAGAAAGCCAAAGAAGAAAUCUCCAACAUCUCUCAAGACCUGUCUACUCUUUCCAACACUGUAGAAGAGAAAGCAAAAUGGAUUUUUAACAAGCUCAAAGGAAAGCCAACUAAAUCCUUGCCCGAUCUCCUCAGGGAAAACAAUCUUCCACAAGGCCUUUUCCCUCAGAACAUAACAUGCUACGAAUUUGACGAGAUAAAAUCGAAGCUGGUGGUGUACCUCUCAUCCCCAUGCGAGGUGUGCUUCAAGGACUCGUCAAUCAUAAGAUAUUCGACUCGUGUGAAGGCCACUUUGUCGAGAGGUAAACUCACAGGGAUCGAGGGUAUGAAGACCAAAGUCUUGGUGUGGGUCAAAGUCACAAGCGUGAACGUCGAGAGCUACAAGUCGGAUAAGGUUUGGUUCACGGCAGGCGUGAAGAAAUCGAGGUCGAAGGAUGCUUACGAGGCGCCUCGUGAUGCAAUCAGAGUCGAGGAAUUUUGAUUUUUAUUGGUUCAUAAUUGUGUUCGUUUUCUUGGGGUAUGUCGAUUCGUUUAGUUUGUUCUGUUGGUGGAGAAAAAGGAGAAAUUAUGUUAUGUAUGUUCAUUGAAGUUGGAGGCUUGAUGAACUGUUCUUGCUGUGAAUUGUGAAUGGUGAUGGAUCUUUUGNUUUUUUUUUUCUUCCUUUU